AUGUGGCUAAGAAUACAACGCAUUAUUGCGUCUACGUCAGCUUUGACUUCAUUUGAAUCUGAUAUCUUGGAUGCACACAACCAAAAAAGAGCUUUACAUGGUGUUCCAGCCUUGAAAUGGAACGCAAAAAUUGCUGCCUACGCUGCUGCCUACGCUGCUGUUGCUUUGGACUGUAACAACUUACAAUUGGUCCACUCUGGUGGUCCAUACGGUGAAAACUUGGCUGCUGGUUAUGUUGGUGGCUAUUCUCCUGUCGAUGCCUGGUACAACGAAAUCAAACUUUACAACUACUCCCAACCUGGAUUCUCUCCGGCUACUGGUCACUUUACUCAAGUCGUCUGGAAGAGUACUACAGAACUUGGUUGUGCCAUGCUCUUAUGUAACAACGCGUGGAGACAAUACACCAUUUGUGAGUACACCAACACAAGAGGUAAUAUUGUUGGUACUAAUCCUGCAACUGGUAACAAUUUCUUUGUGGACAAUGUUCUUCCUCCAUUGGAUGGCAACUAUAUCCACAAGAGAAACGUGUUUACAUAG